UUUAACUGUGGACAAGGGGUCUCACAGACGUUUCGUGCUUUUCAAUUUCUGAGAAUUGCGCUAUUCGCUCCCAGCACGCUGCCGAGCAUCUUGCUAGCUUCAAAUUUAGUUGGCAAACGACCGUCGCUGAAGGAAGUUUCGUCAUUCGGUGUAUAUUAGAUUAUUUCAUUUAUAAUGGAAGAAGACAGUGUACCAAGUUCAUCUGGCGUAAAAACAAUGUCGAAGAAAAAGAAUGAUCCACCGCCAAGAAAAACAUUGCGAGUAGACGAUCCACUUUUCGAGGAAACCGUAAACCAAAUGUUAUUGGAAUCGGAUUUAUCAAGCGAUGAGGAAGAAGACAUGUUACAUGUAGAGGAAGGUGAGUUGAAUCGGCGCCAUGAGAGCGAUGAAGAGAGCGACGCGUAUGAAAUAAGGGACGAAGUGAUUGAGCAUGAAAGCUCAAGCAGCAGUUCUGAUAAUGUGCCACUUUCGGAGCUAACGGCAACAAAUUAUUAUUACGGUAAAAACCGAUACAAGUGGGCUAAAAAGCCAGCGUCCAGUCGGGUGCGAACACCCCAACACAACAUAGUGUCAUUUCUUAUAUGCCAAAAAAGCCUGGCAAAUAUGGAUUGAUCAUUCGAGCCUUAUGUGACGCUAAGACCUUUUACUUGCACAAUGGCUACAUAUAUGCCGGGAAAGGAACAGGCGGUACUGGAUAGACAACAGAAGAAAAGAUGUGUCUCAUUCCAACAUGUUAACAAAACCGUUGCCAAGAGAACUGAAGUUAACAAUAGAGCGUGUUUUGGGUGAUGAUAAGCCGGCAGAGAUUGUUCAACCUGAAGAAUAUGGACAGAAUAAGAGAAGAGCAUGCCAUCUGUGUCCACCAUGAUUGCACACGAAGACCGCAGAUACAUGUGUAGCAUGCAAUAAGCUAAUAUGUCUGCAAUGUUCGAAGCCGCUCUGUACGGAAUGCCAAUAAUUUUGGUCAUAUUGACCAGUUGUCAGUUUUUUUUUCUUUUGGUUUAUAAAGUUCUUUUUAUUAUUUUUGUAUUUCAUUAUUAUUAGAUUUUAAGAGAAAAGUGGAUUUUUGUUAAUUUUACUUUGCGAAGUAUAAAAAAAAAAUUAUAUUGGUGAUCUCAUAUCGAAAAAGACUGAAAAAGCUAUGUAUGUUAAUUU